UGAUUCCACACAUGUGAAUUAUUUCCUAAAUAUGAGAAAUAAUUAAUAUGAUUUUUGAAAAAUGGCAAAAGGGUUGUACGUUUUAUUUUAGAUUAGCCCACUGUACGUCGCUGCACAGAAUAGUCACUUGGAGGUUGUAAAACACUUGGUUGCUGUCGGUGCGAAUGUAAAGAGGAGUAUUGCGCGCAAGAUUCCGAAACAUGUGAAAGUAGUCAGCGAAACUGUAAUACAUGCGUAUACACAGGUUGCAAUACACAGGAAAGGGAGAAGUGAUGUUUUUGUUUUGCCGAAUUGCACUGUAGAUUGUGCCGAAGAGUUGUCGCUUGGAGGUGGUGAACUUCGUCGAGAACCAGGUCAAUUGCGUGAAUGCCGGGAAAUGAAAUAA